AUGGAACCGAUUGAAAAAGUCAAUAUUGAGGACGUAUACAUCGUAUACAAACAGCUCGGUACGGGACGAUUUGGCUACAUAAAACUAGCCGAGCACAAACAAUCGGGACAAAGAAUUGCAAUCAAGUUUUUUCCGCGACCUCAAACAAAACAGGUGGAUUUCAUUCGAGAAUAUAAUUAUUCAUUCUUUUUGUCACCGCAUCCUCAUAUUGUUGACACAUACCAAGGAAUGCAUCAGACUGGAGACGAAUCAGCGUUCUUCUUCGUGCAAGAGUUCUGUCCCAGAGCUUCAUUACGGGAAGCGGUUGAGGCGACAAAUCAACAAGGUAUUGGGGAAGCGAAUACGAAAAUGGUGUUCAGUGCCGUGUUGUCCGCAGUCGAAUUUAUGCAUAACGAAAAUCUAGUUCAUCGAAACCUGAAGGCGGAAAACAUAUUGCUCUUCGACAGCAACGAUUUUUCGAAGGCAAAAAUCACGGACUUCGGCCUUACGCGAAAGGUGGAUUCAGCGGUGAAAUAUCUCGAAUACGUGAACAACUACCAUGCUCCAGAGCUAUGUGAAACCGUUGUCAAUGAGAUGUUAACUGUUAGCAAGAGCAUUGACAUUUGGGCAUUGGGUAGGCGUCAUCUUUUACUACUGCUUGAGAGGACGAUUUCCGUGGCAAAAAGCAUCUAUUAUGUGCAAACAGUACUGGGAAUGGGAGCAGUGGCUGAAGCGCAAAAACCCGACACUACCAAAGCGAUGGAUGUCAUUUAG